AUGCCCAUUAUCACCCCAGUUCCCACGCCGCCUUGGAAUUACAUCGCGAAACUUGUCUGCAUCGGGGAUUCUGGGACCGGGAAGUCCAGCUUAACCAUCCGCCUCUGCGAGGGAAGAUUCUCCGCCUCCCACGAUGUCACCAUCGGCGUUGAAUUUGGCUCUCGAAUAGUGCCGGUUGGUCCUCCUGCAAAUGCAUCCUUGGGUAUCGGUGCCCCCAAUGGCGAAGCCAACCGUGUCAGACCAGAAGAGCAAAAGAAAAUGAAGCUGUCAUUAUGGGACACGGCAGGACAAGAGACAUACAAAAGCAUUACAAGGAGUUAUUUCAGAGGCGCGUCCGGCGCUUUGCUAGUGUUCGACAUCACGCGGAGGAGCAGCUUCGAGUCCGUGACCGGCUGGCUCAACGAUCUCCGACAGAUCGCCGAGGAAAAGAUCGUGGUCAUCCUUGUGGGCAACAAAUCCGACCUGGCUGCGCAAAGCACCGGCGUCGAGGGUGGGACCAGACGUGCGGUCACCAAGGAGGAGGCAGAGGACUGGUGUCGGAGGGAAAAUGUGGUCAAAUAUGUCGAGACCAGUGCCAAAAGUGGUGAGGGAGUCGAACAGGCGUUUCUAGAGGUUGCCGAACGGAUAUACCAAAACAUUGAAGCGGGAAAAUAUGAUCUUAACGACCGAAGAAGCGGAGUCAAAGGCUAUGGCGCGGGUGCUGGGCGGGAAGAAGGGAAACGGCCCAAGACGGUCAACCUUACAAUGAACGAUGCAGUCAAGAGUGGUCAGGGCGGAGGUUGCUGCUGA